AUGCGUUUCAACGCCGGUACCACUUGGGCACUCCUCUUUGCCCUCGCCACUGCGGGUCAGGCUGUCGCCGACAACAACCGCUGGGCCUCCCUCCGCCGCGCCAACUCGGUCCACAAGCGCGGGGACUACGGGUCUUACGGCAACGAGCCCGCCGCGCCUUCAGGUGAGGCGUCACCAUCUGCCUCGUCUGCCGAGGAUUCGGCCGUCUCCCCCUCGGCCUCGGCCCCGGCCACGGAUGCCUCUGCUGCCACUUCGCCGUCCGAGGCCCCUAGCGCUAUUCCCAGCGCGUCGGCGCCCGCCAACGGCACCGACCCUACCACCCCUGCCCCCUCGGCCCCGGCUGGUAGCAACUCGACCUCACCCGAGGGCGAGGAGGACGGCGAGGAGGACUGCGAGGAGGAGGAUGAUAAUGGCAUGACCAACUCGACCACUCCUCUCCCGGGAGCCAACUCGACCACCCCUGGCGGCGGCGGCUCGAACGGUACCAAUCCCGACGAGGAGGAAGACUGCGAUGAUGAGGAGGACGGCUCCAACUCGCCUACCUCCAGCACUCCCUCAGCUCCCGGGUCCAGCUCGACUCCUGAGGAUGACGGCGACGACGAGGACCUCCCUUGGUGUGACGAGGAAGACGACACUGGUACUGGCACUGGCACUGGCACCGGUACCGGCUCUGGCUCGGGCUCUGGCUCUGGCUCUGGCUCUGGCUCUGGCACCGGCUCUGGCUCUGGCACCGGCUCUGGCUCUGGCUCUGGCUCGGGCUCUGGCACCGGCUUUGGCUCUGGCUCUGGCUCGGGCUCUGGCACCGGCUCUGGCUCUGGCUCUGGCUCUGGCUCUGGCUCUGGCUCUGGCUCUGGCUCGGGCUCUGGCUCGGGCUCGGGCUCUGGCUCUGGCUCUGGCUCUGGCUCUGGCUCUGGUGAGCCCACUUCGCCGGCUCCUCAGGGGCCCGGCGCUCCUGCCGAGUCGUGCGACGGCGCCACUAAGACUGUGACCGUCACUGUCACUGCCCCUGCGGCUGGCCCGACCUCCGGCUCUGGCGCUGGCUCUGGCGCUGGCUCUGGCUCGGGCUCUGGCUCUGGCUCUGGCUCUGGCUCUGGCUCGGGCUCUGGCUCUGGCUCUGGCUCUGGCUUGGGCUCUGGCUCUGGCUCGGGCUCCGGCUCUGUCACUGCCCCUGCUGCUGGCCCGACCUCCGGCUCUGGCUCCGGCUCUGGCUCUGGCUCGGGUUCCACCACUCCGUCCACGCCUUCGACUGGCGGCGACGAUGAGGAGGACUGCGAGGAGGACGACGAGACCUCGGCCUCCGCCCCGGAGGAUGAGGAGGACUGUGAGGAGGAGGAGGAGGAGGAGGAGCAGGACGUGUCUGUUACCGCUAGCGCCAGCGCCAGCGUCUCUGUCGGUAGCGUCAUGCCCAGUGGCAGUGCGGCCGUCACCAGCGCCAGCGCCAGCGCUAGCGACCCCGCCGAGUCCGCUGCCGAGUCCAGCGCCGCCGCCGAGCCCCAGGCUGCCGGCUACCGCCGCUGGAAGCACUGGCGCGGCUAA